AGUAAUCAUGGAAACGUCAGUAGGUGAUAGGACGAGGGCGGAAGGGUUGAGUAGCCCCUUUCCGGAAGAAACUUACACGUGUCUGAGCGAACGAAGCUUCCUACAAGGUCUGUUGCCUUCGGCCUCUCGCCAGCUGGAACCAUGAGUUGUCCAGUGACCUGCGUUGCUUGGGUUCCUCGGGGCGCUGCUAAGGAAACACCCGAUAAGGUUCAGCUUGACAGGGAAGAAUUGAAGCUCUUAGUCUCUGAAGCCAAGGAGAGACUGCAAGCAGAUGCUGGUGAUGAUGAUGAGCAGGAAGAGGCUUCAGGAGACAAUAUGGAUGUUGCUCAUGCAUCUACCUCUGCUCCCAAAGUUGAAUACCAUGAGGAGGCUGAAAAGCUGGAUGACGAUGAACUAGCGGAAUACAACUUGGAUAAUUAUGAUGAGGAAAAUACAGGUGCUGAGAGUCUUGGAGACACCCUAGCAGGACUUACAGUAUAUGGAAGCAAUGAAAAUGAUCCUUACAUUGUUAUUAAAGAUACUGAGCAAUAUGAGCAUGAAGACUUUCUGAUCAAGCCCAGUGACAACUUUAUUGUAUGUGGCAGAGUUGAUAAGGACCAUUGCAGUCUAGAGGUUUACGUUUAUAACCAUGAAGAGGACUCCUUUUACAUUCACCAUGAUCUCCUUUUAUCAGCAUACCCUUUAAGUGCAGAAUGGCUGAACUUUGAUCCUAAUCCUGAGGAUUCUGCAGGAAAUUAUAUUGCCGUGGGUACAAUGAGUCCUGUUAUUGAAGUGUGGGACCUUGACGUAGUGGACUGUUUGGAGCCGGUCUUUUCCCUUGGAAGCAAGAAAGCAAAAAUGAAGAAAAAGAAAGGAAAGAAGAGUAUAUCUAAAGAAGACAAUCAAGAAGGGCAUACCGAUGCAGUGCUUGACCUUUCAUGGAAUAAACAACUCCGAUCCGUGUUGGCAAGUGCAUCCGCUGACCAUUCUGUAAUUCUUUGGGACAUGUCCAGGGGCACACCAGCAGCAAACCUUUCUCUUCACACGGACAAGGUGCAGACACUGCAGUUUCAUCCAUUUGAAACACAAACUCUAAUUUCUGGCUCUUACGACAAAUCAGCCAUUUUGUAUGACUGUAGAAGUCCACAGGAUAGCCAUCGAACCUGGCGCUUUAGUGGACAGGUUGAAAGAGUGACUUGGAAUCAUUUUUCACCUCACCACUUCUUGGUCAGCACAGAAGAUGGAUUUGUAUAUUGUCUGGAUGCUCGUUCGCAUAAACCAGUCUUCACCAUGAAAGCUCAUAAUGAAGAAGUAUCUGGAUUACAGUUAAGCAGCCAAAUCAAAGGAUGUCUUGUAACAACAUCUGCAGACAAAUAUGUGAAAAUCUGGGACAUAUUGGGAGACAAACCUAGUUUGGUCCAUUCCAAGGAUAUGAAAAUGGGUGUCCUCUUCUGUGCUGCAUGUUGCCCAGAUUUACCAUUUGUUUAUGCCUUUGGAGGAGAGAGACAAGGGCUACGUGUUUGGGACAUAAGCACAAUUUCUGCAGUGAAUGAGGUGUUUGGAAACCGACAGAGGCUGGUAGUUGCCAAAUCAAAUUCUGAAGCAAAGAAUUCUGCUAGUGGCAGUAGCAGUGAUCCAGAAGCUGUAAUGGAACCAUGAUCUUUUGUUAUAUUUAUACUGUAUAACUAUAAAGCUAAUUUAAUACCAUAAAUACUACCAAAAUAUUUA